AUGUAUUCCUGUGGUGAUCUGUUAUCAUUUGUGGCGCAGGUUCCUAUCCCCAUAUGGUCAUUAGAGCUUUUGAACUGUUGUUACUGUAGAAAUUCUUCGGUUCCAUCCUUGUUUCUUUCCCUUCUACCAGUGUGGAUCAGUCCUAUCGACGGGAGCCACCCAGCGUUAUAUAAAACAGAACAGAAUAAGC